CGACGACAACGACGGGCAUUCGAUGGACCGUGCAACAAGAAGAACAACAACCGUGAAGAUCCUCCUGUCUGGACUGUUCUACGCAUCAAUACCUGGUCUUCUUGGAAAGUGGUGUUUUCCUCCAACGAAAAGCUACCAAGUGGCACUAAGACUUCAUCAGCUGCAGUUCUUUGAAAACGCGUUUGGCCGGGCCCGUCAAGUGCACCAAACUACCCCACAGUCGAGCCAAGGCAACUUUCAAGGUAGCGAGCGAAGCGUUUCACUAUGGCGCAACCGUCCCCCAGUUCUGAGCUAAUCGGCGGACUGCCGCUUGAAGCGUGGGAAUCAAUAUUCGAACUCUUGGACGGCGCCUCACGUCUCGCUCUCACCAAGGCAGCAACUGAGCUGAAAGGAGUCGCCGACUGCGAGCGGGUCGUCGAGAGGGUAGCGUUCACUUCAGACACGGAUGAGUGGACGCUGAAUGCAUACCGCGAAAAGGUAAAGAUGAAGAACGUGCGCCAACUGAGAUUCACCAACUGCCUGACGCUGGCCUCCGAGGUUCUUCUAGCGUUUGUCGCCAGGUGUGAGAACGUCGAGGAGCUGUGCGUUCUGAACUGCGUCGUCGAGCCUCCGGCGCUUUUUCGAAUGUUGUCACAGAGGCUCAGGAAGGUGAAGAAACUAGAAUGGUCUCUCUACGAGGACUGCCACUACGAGUCGUGGCUGGAGAAAGACGCUGUGGCGGGAACAAGCACGCAAUGCCAGUCACAAACCCUAACCCUACAGUCCAUGUACGUGGAAGUUGUAGCGACGCCGCUUACGGCCGACUUCUUGCAGCGCACCUUGAAUGAUUGCCAGGAUCUUCAGAGUCUUCAUAUUCACGCCAUACGUAAGGACGCUGUAGGAAUGCCGAUGGGUGACGCCGAUAUCAGGCUCAAGACACCCAGGCCUGGUCUGCGCACCUUUCAGUACACUUACGAGCGGGUACCUCCGCCCGCAGGUCGGCUCUCGCCCGAAGCCUCGUACAGCUUCGUCCGAUUUGACGACGUCCGCGAGCAGAGAGCGUUGCUUCAGGGAGUGCGCCGCGCUGUCGUGGCCGUGGAAGCCGACUCUGAAGCCUCUAGCCGCUUCCUCAGAGCCGCUAAGCACCCAGAGCACUGGAGCGACGUCAGAUCCCUCUCACUAGUCCUGCUACCGCCACCGCGACAGGUCCGGCUCGAGCGACUCCUGAGAGCUCCGGACUUCCUGAAACCAAUGCAGGAGUUCCUCCAAAUGUGCCUCACUAACAUCUCCGAGCUCAGCCUGACAAAGAGCCACUUCUGGCUCGGCUGCAACUUCUGCUCAGUCGUGAGCCCUGCCCUGUCUCAACUGCGCUCGCUGGCCCUUCCACCGUGCGCUGUGAAUUGUGAAGACUCGCUUCAGUGCCUGGCGCAAAGCUGCCGGUUCCUCGAGGAGCUGGACGUCAGCAACAACGAGACUCUUCCGUGCCCAGCCUGCAAAGUGGCUUUGAUGCUCACAGAGCGUGACUUCGAGUGCCUGCAUGCGCAGACCAGGCUUUGGCGGCUGAGCAUCGGCGAAACGGCGAAAAUCCUGUCCUUGAAGUUCCUCCCUAGAUGCCGUGUCACCGACAUUCGCUUCAGCCUCGAUAGCCUGGUGAGCGACGGUGGCUCUGUCUUCGGGUCUAGCGAUCUCUUCUCCGGCAAUGAACGACUCUCUACGCUGACCAUACAAGCACGCGACCUGAAGCUUGGGCAAAACCCUUUCUUCACAGCUAGACUCACUGCGGCUAAGAGUCUGCGCAGAUUGUGCCUGCUGACCGGAGCUCAGGUAGCUGAUUCCGCAGUGUCGAAUUUCAUCACACGUAUGGUGGAAGAGUUGCCGCUCCUGCAAUUGGUUCACGUGCACUACCUGGCUGCCAGCUCCUCUCUGAAGACAAUGUCGUGGAUCAACCAGCGUCACGCAGUUGUGAACACCCUGCCAAAUGGCAAGAGGCUUCGUUGGCAAGGCCAGCUUCUGACCGACCGCCCCUGCCUGGGCCGCUACUGUUGCGCCACGUCAUACAUUGGUGUGGCAAGGCCGAGGAAUCGCAACUGAAGAAAACGUUCCCAGCGGCACACAACGACCACCGUCAGUGAGCUGAGGAUGGCGUGAAGUUUAAGUGAAAUAAAUUUCAUGGG